ACCGCUCCUCUCUCUUCCUCCCUCUCUCUCCUCGCUGUCAGCCGCUGGAGGAUUUUGUCGGGAGUUUCCGAGCGUCUCUGCAUCUGUGAGGAUGUUGUUGCGGCUGGUUUUGUUCCUGCCUGCCCUCUCCUCGGCUCAGCGAUCGGAGCCCAUGUUCUCGGCCAUAACCAAGACCGUCCUUCCUCCCGACUAUGACAACAACCCCACCCAGCUCAACUACGGCGUGGCCGUCACUGACGUGGACGGGGACGGAGACCUGGAGAUGUUUGUAGCUGGCUACAACGGCCCAAACCUGGUGCUGAAGUACGACAAGGAGAAGAAAAGGCUUGUCAACAUCGCCGUUGACAACCGAAGCUCCCCGUUCUACGCCCUGAGAGACCGUCAAGGCAACGCCAUCGGAGUGACAGCGUGCGACAUCGAUGGAGACGGCCGCGAGGAGAUUUAUGUCCUAAACACCAAUAACGCCUUCUCUGGUCGGGCAACGUAUUCUGACAAGCUGUUUAAGUUCCGUAAUGGACGUUUUGAAGAUCUGCUGAACGACGACAUUAACGAACACAGAGACGUAGCCAACCGUAUGGCCGGGCGCUCAGUGGCCUGUGUGGACAGGAAGGGUACAGGCCGUUAUGCUAUCUACAUAGCUAACUAUGCCAGUGGCAACGUGGGCCCUCAUGCUCUCAUAGAAAUGGACGAGGUAGCGAGUGACCUUUCACAGGGCGUCAUCGCCCUCUCCAAUGUGGCAGAGCAGGCCGGAGUCAACAAGUUCACCGGAGGGCGAGGUGUCGUGGUGGGGCCCAUUGUCAGCCAAAGCCUGUCUGAUGUGUUUUGUGACAACGAGUAUGGACCCAAUUUCCUGUUCAGGAACAACGGAGAUGGAACUUUUACUGAUGUGGCGCAGCAGGCUGGUGUGGAGGACCCCAUGCAGCAUGGCAGAGGGGUCGCUCUGGGAGACUUCAACCGUGACGGCAAGACAGACAUCGUCUACGGGAACUGGAAUGGACCUCACCGCCUGUACAUACAGCUGAAUAACCGCAAACAGAAGUUUAAGGACAUCGCAUCCCAGAAGUUUUCCAUGCCGUCCCCGGUUCGCACUGUCAUCACUGCAGACUUUGACAAUGACAACGAGCUGGAAGUCUUCUUUAAUAAUAUCGCCUACCGGGGCCCCUCCGCCAACAGGCUUUUUAGGGUGAGCAGGAGAGAGCACGGAGACCCCCAGAUAGAGGAGCUGAACGUCGGGGAGGCGUCAGAGCCUGAAGGACGGGGAACUGGAGCUGUAGCCGCAGACUUUGAUGGUGACGGGCGUCUGGAACUGCUGGUCUCUCACGGUGAAAGUGCAGCACAGCCGCUCUCUGUCUACAAAGUCAACCAGGGCACCACUAACUCCUGGCUGCGGGUGAUUCCCCGGACCAAAUUUGGUGCUUUUGCCAGAGGAGCUAAAGUGGUGGUUUACACUAAAAAAAGCGGCCCACACACACGGAUCAUCGAUGGUGGCUCUGGGUACCUGUGUGAGAUGGAGCCUGUUGCCCACUUUGGCCUGGGUAAGGAUGUGGCCACCAAUGUUGAGGUGUACUGGCCAGACGGCCGCUCAGUGGCCCGACCCCUGGAACCUUCAGACGUCAACUCUGUGCUGGAGAUCCACUAUCCAAGAGAUGAGGAGGAAGUCACUCCUACUGUGGAAAUAGAGUGUGGUCAUGGGUUUGCCCUGAAUGAGAAUGGCCGCUGCACAGAUGAAGAUGAGUGUACCCAGUUCCCCUCUGUGUGUCCCUCUGACCGCCCCGUCUGCACCAACACCUAUGGCAGCUAUAAGUGCCGCGCCAAGAGGAGAUGCAACCAGGGCUUUGAGCCCAACGAUGAUGGGUCAGCCUGUGUGGCCCAGGUGGCUUACUUCGGGGGGACACGGUCUUCCGGGGACCGCAAGUGGUCGGGCCUUUCUUUUUGGCUGCUCUUCGCCUCUGUGCUACCCCUCAUCUCUACCCAUCUCCAGACUGGACUACUGUAG